AUGUUCUUGUAAUCUAUGAUACCGUCGAAGGUCACCGGGAUUCGGGGCUUAUAUAUACCCGACGGGCGCCUGGAAGACCAUCUUCAGUGCCGCUAUGAAGGUCCUGGUGAGUUCUUCUUCCUCUCCUUCUCCUUCUUCCAGCCUUCCCGCGGCUCUAGCUUGUCUGGGGAAUGUCUAGGUCUUUGGAAUCUUUGUGACAGUCUGCUCGUCUUCACGGGAUGUGGGUCGUUAAUAGAUGAGGCUGGCUGUUGGUCUGGUAUUCCAAAGUUAUUCUUUCAGAUCUUCUGUGUUUCAAAAAUUACCGUGCCUGACCAGCCUCGUAAGAGCCCAGAGGUAGUCUUCGUCAAUUACAGGCCAGGGGAGAAUCCCAGCCUCCCUGGAGGCAUCGAUUUGCAGACUGCCCUCAGCUCUGCAUCACAGGGGACUGGACAGGUCAUCAGUGGAUCAAGAGGAAGCGGAGGAAGUGGAUUUGGUGGCCAGUCUUUCGGUGGAUUCAGCCAAGGCGGAUUUGGAGGAUCAAGCAGCCUCACCAGUGGAGGAUCAAGCAGCUUCACCAACGGAGGAUCAAGCAGCUUCACCAGUGGAGGAUCAAACAGCUUCACCAGCGGAGGAUCAAACAGCUUCACCAGUGGAGGAUCAAACAGCUUCAAUAAUGGAGGAUCAAACAGUUUCACCAGUGGAGGAUUAAGCAGCUUCCCCAGUGGGCAAGGAUUGGUAGGAUUUUCUGGACAGUCUGGAAGCAGCAUUAGCAGUGGGCAACUGUCAGGCGGAUUGGCUGAUCAGUCCUUCGGUGGCUUCAGCAGUGGAGGAUCAUCCAGUGGAAUUAGUAGUGGCAUAGGCAGGUUUGGCUUCUCUGGUGAUGCAAGCCAGUCCAACAUCAUUUCCAGUGGAAGUGACCUGGGCUUUUCUUACUGAAGUAAAGACGCAUGGAAUUGGUUUCUGAUGUCAUGAUCAGAAAAAUUGGCAGGUUUUAUAUUACCAAUAAUGUAAAAGAAAACUAAAGGGACUGAUGUUACUGGGAGCUUCUAAAUACAAUAUUUCCAACAUCAUGAA